UGGCGGAGCAGUUCCUGGGUGAUCCGUGAUUACCAGGACCACGGAUCACCGAGUCUCUGCCCAGCGAGGAUCACUAUGGGUUAUCCAGCGCGGAUCCUCCCAUGGGGGAUGGAACUGGAGCAGCGGACGAAACUCUUCCCACGCCAGGGGCACCGCCAGAGGAAUUCCGCUCUGACCGAUUUCCUCAGCGGUGACUCCGCAGCUCCCGGGCAGAGCCCAGCGCCCAGCGCUCCCCACUCCCACCCCACCUGCGCCACCCGCUCGCAUCCAGCGAGCCCCGGGAGCGGAAUUUUGGCUCGGGGGGAGGGGGACGGCACGGACGGAUCUGCACUGGGGGCCCCCGGCUCGGCUGGCCUCGGCAGCAUCGCAUUGCCCUGCACCCCGCGGGAUUUCCCAUUCCCAGACCUUGUCUGGAUGGAGGAGAAGGCUGUGAGGAAGCGGAAGGUGCCAGCCAGACAUCUGGCCAGAGCUCUGAGGUCCAUGAGCAGCUUGAUGAUGGCAAGAAGCCCCACCAGUGUUUGGAAUGUGGGAAGUUUUCUCACGAGCUCCCGCCUGAUUGUCCACCAGAGGACCCACACGGGGGAACGGCCCUAUGAGUGCGGGGAAUGUAGAAAGACCUUCAGCAUCAGCUCCUACCUGAUCCGCCACCAGAGGAUCCACACUGAUGAACGGCUCUAUAAAUGUGGAGAAUGUGGGAAAGGCUUCAGGAAUAGAGGCCACCUGAGCCGCCACCAGACGAUCUACACUGGGAUACAACUCUAUGUGUGGGGGGAAUGUGGGAAGGGCUUCUGUGACAGCUCUGGCCUGAUCAUCCACCAGACAAUGCACACUGGGGAAUGCCCCUACAUGUGCUCAGAAUGUGGGAGGAGCUUCAUGGAGAACUCCAGCCUGAUUAUGCACCAGAGGAUCCACACCGGGGAGAGGCCCUACGAGUGUGGGGAAUGUGGGAAAAGCUUCAUCCAGAGAUGUCAUCUGGUUUUCCACCAGAGGAUCCACACUGGGGAGAGGCCCUGUAAGUGCAGGGAAUGUGGGAAAAGCUUCAGUGCGCCCUCCACCCUGAUUGCCCACCAGAGGAUCCACACUGGGGAGAGGCCCUACAAGUGUGAGGAAUGUGGGAAAAGCUUCAGCCAGAGGUCCGGCCUGAUUGCCCACCAGAGGAUCCACACUGGGGAGAAGCACUAUGAGUGUCCUGAGUGUGGGGAGAGGUUUCAGAGCAGAUACCGUCUCCUCAAGCAUCAGCAGAUUCACACAGAAUAGAGGCCCUUCCGCUGCCCCGACUGCGGGAAGGGCUUUAAGAAGAACUCCACCCUCGUCACCCACCAGCGGAUCCACACUGGGGAGAGGCCCUAACAGAGUCCCAAGUGUGGGAAGAGCUUCUCCCAGAACGCUGCCAUGACCCAACACCAAGGGAGACAGCAGUAAGGGAAGCCCUACAAGUGCCCCGUGUGCGGGAAGAGCUUUGAGCGCUGCUCCAACUCCAUCCCUCACUGGAGGACCCCCAUUGGAUGGUCCACAGUGACCCUCGUUGGGCAGAGACUUGGUGAUCCAUGGUCCUGGUGAUCCAUGUUAGAAAGACACGUGGCUGGUGAUCUCCACAUCUUCCUGGCUCCCCUUGGACACUUGGACACAGCCAGAGAAAGAUGCAUUGGGAUGCAAACCGACAUCAGAAUUUCAUAGGGGACAGCACAUUUUUUUACUUUUGACCCCAAAAAUAUCUCACCUUUUGCAUCCAAUCAUUUCUUCGGGUGGCAUCAAGGAAUACUGGAUGGUCUUGGAGGUCUUUUCCAAACGAAAUCAUUCCAUGAUUUAAUUCUCU